ACGAUCCUUUUCGUGACGUUCUUGUUGACGGUCUGAGACUCAUCCAUCGAUCCGCGAUAUGCCCGGCCUCCUUCAUGCGCGCAGGAGCCUCUGGCCGCGCGAAAAGUCGCCGAGGACAGAGCUCGAGCCCGACUCAACAUUACGGACCAGGUGAAGUUCGGGACUUACGGAUGGUCUCGACUAUUGCUUGCGUUGUCGCAUUUUCUCGUGAUUAUGUUUUCGCCUAUCUGAUGCGAAAACUCCGAUACCGAUUGACAGGACUCGCCAGUAUCAUGUGGCUACGGCACAGCUCCAUUCCAUGUUGAGUCAUUCUCAGCCGCAAAGAUGACUCGAGGACGUAAAAACACGACACAACCGGGAAUAUAUUACACUUUCUAUAAAACCUUCCAAACGCGGUCAGGAACAUCAUGGCCCUAGAAAGAUCACAUCCCUCUGGGUCACCAGACCCUAAGACCGGACCAGCGAUCAGCGUCGAAAUGCCUCAGCCGUCGCGCCUCUUGACGCUCCCCACGGAGUUGCAAACAACUAUCUACGAAAUGGCCCUCGUAGCGCCAUAUGCUUUCGCAGUGAACCGCAUCAGCUGCGAUGACUUACCAGGAAAACAUGCCAAGUGGAAACGUCUCGUAUCAAGUGAUUUCUCUUUGACACAGGUUUGCACCUCUCUCCGCCGAAUCACGUCCCGAAUCUUCUACUCCCAAAACACUUUCCAGGCAUACUAUGGCAGCAGUUCACCUUUUCAGCCGGAUCUAGAUCAACGGCUUGUUGGACUGGGCUACGAGAGGCGAUUCUGGAUGCGCUCGCUACACCUAUUCAAAGGUCUUGAGCAAGACUAUUAUGACUGCUAUUCUAUCGAUGCCUUGUGCCUGCGGCGCGUCUUCCGAUCGGCACUAGUUCGCGAUUGCAACGCACGAGUAUUUGCGCCAGGUUAUUUUGCUCAAGCUUAUGCGAAACGGGAGGGUCGAAAAUAUAUUCAGGGUGAGCUGGUCUUUUAUCCGGAGAUCGACGAGGGCGGUUGGGAUUUGACGGCCUCUUUCGAGAGGAUCUAUUCCACCAAAAUCGAUUCCUGCAAGGAGGAAAAGACCGGGGGCGAAUCAUCUCGCGGUGACACAGUCUCUGCUCUCGACGCAUCUAUCUCCGCGCGACAAGUAGAUGAAAGGACUUCGACCUCCACGUCGUCUCCAAAUACACAUCCAGCAUCGUUCUGGAUCCCACAAGGUUCGAUGUACUUUCGCUUAAGCCCACUCUAUCUUCCCGUCAAAUCCCAGGAAACUCCACUAUCAGAAACUUCAUCAAGCCCACCCCCUCCCUCCCGAACCACGACCACAGCGAUUCUCAACAGCCAAACACCCCAAUCAUCCUCAUCAUCGCCACCACCUCCACCACCUCCACCACGCCUCUUCACCCUCCCUGUCGAACUCCAGCUCAUUAUUUACGAGUACGUCCUGCUCGCGCCUCACGCCUGGGCGAUCAACUACAUCGACUGCUACCCGCUCCUCGCAGAAGACGCGUGGCAGCGCCUGAAACCUCACCACGUGGCCCUCACCCAAGUCUGCCGCGACCUCCGACCUCUGACAUCCUGGCUGUUCUACUCGAAGAAUCGAUUCCAGAUGUCGUACGGAUAUCGCUCACCCUUCAACCCCCGCGCGAAGAAAUGGCUCGCGGGGCUGGGUUUUGCCCAGCGGUUCUGGAUGCGGGAGGUCCGGCUAUUCGAUGACACGGGUUAUCCGAGGGAUCGGCAUCAUCGCGUCCUCGAGCGGUUUCCCUCGUUCCAGGAGUUUGGCUGGAGGGUGGAGACGAGACUGGUGUCACGGGUGGGCGUCGACCGGCGUGGGAGGCCUCAAAGCUCGACGUACAGGGUUGGGGGGUUGACCUUUUAUCCUCCGCGAGUUGGAGCAGGAGGAGGAGGUGGUGAGGAAGGGAUGGAGGAGGAGAUGGAUUGGACGGAUGCGUUGAAGACGGUGUUUUGGGAAGAUCAAGGCGACCGUGAUGUGGUGCCCUGAAGUUUACUUAUUAUUCGGGAAUACAUGUAAUGAUUUGGGGCAUUUGUGUUGUACCUGCUCAGGGAGAUAGGAACAGGUAUGGCUUCCGUUGUAUUCGAGUCUGUGUCCGAACGCUGCCGCAGCAUAUCCGCAGUUCACCAUCUGCAUUCAAUCAUUCCUUCCUUCCU